UCCUCUUCCUACUGCCUCUCUUGGAUCGGAUGGCUGCCUCACCUUCCGUGUUUUGCUUUGUUUCAGAUGGGCGCUACAAACCGUACAAGUGUCCGCACUGCUUCAAGAGUUACUCCUCCAAGUCCAACCUGAACACACAUGUGCGGGACCUGCACGCCGCUGUGCCGCAGGUGUUCACCUGUCCGUACUGCAACAAGAAGUACUCGUCCAAGAACUCCCUACGCUACCACAUCACCAUGUACCACCGCGAGGAAAAAAAUCGCGACCAGGCGCUCCAACACGCCAUAGCCACCGCCCAGCCUAUGCCUCCGCUCGGUCUCCACGGAAAUUCUGCUAACGCCCACGAUGCUUCUCUUGUAAACCAGCUGCCUGGGCAGCAACAGCAGGUACAACAACAACAGCAGCAGCUGUACAGUCACAUACAGCAAUCCCUCACUCCCCAGUCAGAGUCUCACGUGGAGCUGGGCAUGAUGGAGGAUGCCAAAUAUCGGGCAGCUGGUGCCUCCAACACUAUGAUGAGCGACAAGUGCCACCUGGCUCCUGCCACCACCUCUGAACACUAGGAAAAACUAUGGUAGUUAAAAUUAACUUCUACUAUAAACAUUCACCUCUUAUUUUACUGAUGAAAAAACUAACAUACCUCAAGAACUGUUGGUGUUGCCGAACGGUGUUGUAUUGUUGUUCAGUGAGCACAAGUAUAGUGUGUACCUAGGGCAGGUGCACGUGAUCUAUACAGCUUGAUCUGAGGAUCAGCGGGAUAGUCUUUGGUAACAUGAGCGGCAGUACAAGAGCCAGAGUGCUUUCUGACAAUCUGAAAAUCUCAAAAGUAGACAGAAAUUACAUAAAUACUUUUAUAUUACGAGUGCAUUCAUUACUUAUUUGAUGUAAUAGGUCAUUUUCCUACUUAACCCGUAUUAUUAUUAUACCUAAUGAUAGAUCAUUAAUUAGAGAAUAACUAUAGUAAAGACAGUAAAGUGAGAUUUAGCUGGGCAAGUGGGUUUUAUGACAUUGAGGUUACAUCCAACAGCCGUCACAAAAAUCGCUAUUUUACCUUAUAUAACGUAGCUUUUGUCUAUAUAUAUAUAUAUUUUUCGUCACAAACGUGAAAAAGUGAGAAUUCUGAUUUACUUUGAGUGGAAUGUAACCUAAAAGUAACAAAACUCACUAAACUCAGCAUACAUUACUAUUUUUAUAUCAAGUAGGCGAUCAUUAUAUAUAAUUGGCGUAACAAAUUUCGACAUGGCGUAAAUGGGUUGGCAAAACACAGGAAAUAUGAAGGAGCGUUACAGCAACGCUUGUUGCUUUGUCCACUGACGCCUGAGUGUGGCUUUGAUAUCGGUAAAAAGCUUUGCGGAUAUUAAAUUAUCCAUCUCAAAUUAAUGCUAAAUUUUUAACUGACAAUAUCAGUUUUAUACUGAAUAAUGCAGUAUUACGUGCCUGAAGGAAUAAGGGCGCGGAAGACUUGAAACUAUACGAGAAGUGACGCAACUCAGUCUUGCAAAGCCUCAUCUAACCAGCCAUCUUAAUUAAUGAAGUUUAUCCCAUCCUAAGCAAGUACAUCCUGAUUCAUCCUAUCACAGCAAAGCUUAACCUACUUAUUUUGCUUCACUAAAUCUAACCCGUUCUAGUUCAAGCUAGCCAAAUCAACUCAAGCGAUUGCGGCUUCGUCUUGCCGCCGCCUCUACCCUAGUUCCCGGGAGUGAGAAGGAGGGAUUCACAGCACCACGCACAGGCAGACGUUGCUUAUAGCAUCUUCAGUAUAGUCAAGAUAAAUAC